AGCUGAGUCACGUCACGGUGCUGCACUCUGGCUGCUCACCCAGCCUCCCGGGGACCUGUCCAGCCCUGCCCCGAGCAAAGUCCAGUCCGGCAUCCCGCAGUGACAAGCAGUGCUCCAGCUCCGCUACCAGCAGCCGAGCCGCUCUGGCCAUGGCAGGACGCAAGGCCCUGAUCGUGCUGGCGCACUCUGAGAAGACGUCCUUCAACCAUGCCAUGGCGGAGGCAGCUGCCAGCACGCUGCGGGCCAAGGGCUGGGAUGUCACCAUCUCCGACCUCUAUGCCAUGGGGUUCAAUCCCGUGCUCUCACGGCACGACAUCACCGGGCCGCCCAAGAACCCCGAGCACUUCGUCUACGAGACGGAGAUGGGAGAAGCGUGGAAGGAGGGACGCCUCAGCAGCGACAUCGUCGCCGAGCAGAAGAAGAUCGAGGCAGCUGAUCUGAUCAUCUUCCAGUUCCCACUGCAGUGGUUGGGGAUGCCGGCCAUCCUCAAGGGCUGGUUCGACCGCGUCAUCAUCCAGGGCUUCGCCUACUCCGUGGCCACCAUCUACGAGCAGGGGCCCUUCCAGAAGAAGAAGGCCAUGCUGUCAUUCACCACCAGCGGGAUGGAGUCCACGUACAGCCCUAAGGGCAUCAACGGCGACAUGAACGUGUUCCUCUGGCCCAUGCAGCGGGGCAUGCUGCAGUUCUGUGGCUUCCAGGUGCUGGCACCUCAGAUCUGCUACAGCGUGCGCUACGUGACCCCCGAGGCACGGGCGCAGAUGCUGAGCGCCUGGCAGAAGCGCCUGGCUACCAUCUGGGAGGAGAAGCCCCUCAGCAUCGUCCCCAACAGCUGCUUCGAGAUGAGCAUGGAGCGCGGCUUCGUGCUGAAGCAGGAGGUGCUGGCGCAGCAGGAGGGGAAGAAGCAGGGGCUGACGGUGGGGCAGCACCUGGGCAAGGCCUUUCCCCCCAACCAGCAGCUCAAGGCCCCGUAGCAGGUGCUGGACACCUCGGGGCACCGCCAGGCCCACCACUGCCGUGCGCCCAGCUCCGUGUGGUGAGGACGAGGCCUGGCCCUGCGGCCACUGCACUGCCAGGGCCAGGGGGGCACGAUGGUGGUGGCCCAGCCCUUCCUCUUGGGGGUUCGGACCCGACAAUCUUUCGAGGUCCCUUCCAGCCCCUUCAAUUCCAUGAUUCAGUUGUGAUCUUUCUCUCUCUUUUUUUCACUGUCCCUUUGCUGUCAUUUUCUGGCACGAGAUCCCUCAAAAGCGAAGUCUCGGGGUGCCGGGGGCUGCGGCAUGGCGCUUGGUCGCCACCAUCCAUGUGAACACAAUCAAUAAACUGCAGCCUGGAAAUCA